GUCCUCCUUUUUGGGUGUGGGUGUCCUCCUCUUUGAGCCUUAGUCCUCCUUUUUGGACGUGGGUGUCCUCCUUUUUAGUGUUAUGCCGGUGGUUGCCCUACUUGAGUCUGCAUAUUAACAAAUCACUGGCUUAGCCGCGACUGUUAAACCGACUACGAUUCGCGUUUAUCACCGUGCCUGUUUUCCAUACGUCUGUAUUCGUACUGACGAUAACUGCAUUCAUUUUGGAGUUCUUCGUCGUGUGAUAUUCAUCAGAUGUUGGGACUGGGUAAAAUCACUUUCUGCCGUCCACGACAAUUCUGACUAAAACAGGUCAGGAGACUAUCUGAGCAGUAAAUCAGCAGUAGUGUAGCGAUCGAGGCUCCUGCGUCCCCAUCCGAACCUAAGCUGUCGGGCGGCGGAGGACAGGAUUGCGUCUCUGCCCAUGAAGAGCCGUGUUUGAGAGGCAUGCCGGAGAAGAGGGUGUCCCGCUGGUACUUCGGGGGCAUCGCGUCCUGCGGAGCCGCCUGCUGCACACACCCACUAGACCUCAUCAAGGUCCACCUGCAGACGCAGCAGGAGGUGAAGCUGAGGAUGACGGGGAUGGCUGUUUCCGUGGUGCGGCACCAAGGGGUCCUAGCGCUCUACAGCGGCCUCAGUGCUUCCCUCUGCAGGCAGAUAUCAUACUCAAUGACCCGCUUUGCCAUCUAUGAGACGGUGCGCGACAUGAUGACCAGCGGGAACCAGGGCCCGAUUCCGUUCUACCAGAAAGUGCUGCUGGCGGCCUUCGGAGGGCUCAUUGGUGGCUUCAUGGGGACCCCAGCAGACAUGGUCAACGUCAGGAUGCAGAAUGAUGUGAAGCUGCCACCACAACUCAGGAGAAACUAUGCUCAUGUUUUGGAUGGACUCAUCCGAGUCUGGAAAGAAGAAGGACUCAGGAAGCUUUUCUCUGGAGCCACGAUGGCAUCGAGCAGAGGGGCCAUGGUGACCGUGGGGCAGCUGUCCUGUUAUGACCAGGCGAAGCAGCUGGUCCUCGGCACCGGGGACAUGUCCGACAACAUCGCCACCCACUUCCUGGCCAGUCUGAUCGCAGGUGGCUGUGCUACCGUCCUGUGUCAGCCGCUGGACGUGAUGAAGACUCGGCUGAUGAAUUCUAAAGGAGAAUAUAGGGGAGUAGUUCACUGUUUGACGGACACGGCUCGACUGGGACCCCUGGCUUUCUACAAGGGUCUGGUUCCCGCCGGAAUCCGGCUCAUCCCUCACACAGUUCUCACCUUCAUCUUCCUCGAGCAGCUACGCAUCCACUUCGGCAUCCUCAGCUGUGACCUCCGGGGUUCCUCCACAUGACCCAGCCAGCCUGUCCUUAGUCUGCCUCCCAAUCACUCCCCAGGGCACUGGGGGCCUGCAGCUGUAACUGGAAACUCCAAACUGAAAAUACAGAAGAUAAACAAUGCCUACGUUAAUUUCCCAGAUCCACGCCUGGAAGAUUCCACGGCAGAGAUGCCGCUACAGGCAUUUGUUGCCAGGUAGGCAGGGUUACUCAAUCUUUGGGUACCUCGGUGUCAACCUGGGUCAAACUUCACCUCAGCGCCACCUUGGAUUAAGCCUUGGAUUCCAGUCAUAUGAUGGAUUCCGUUACCAGCACCAGCUUCUGUCUCAGACCUCUGCCCAACUUCCAAAUCUGUUUUCUUAGGAAAUUAACACAAGAUUGCCUCUGUUUGGUGGUAUGAUUCCGGAAUCUUCUGACACUACCUAGUAUCUACAGACCUUUCCAGUUCCAUAAAUUUCUGUUCAUUAAACGUUUCGUGCAAGAACGUCCCUCCCUUUAUAAGUCCAUAUUCCAAAUGGACUGUCUGUUAAUAUUGUCAGCUUGUCAUUUUGAAACUAGACCUGUAGGGGGCGCUGGAGUUCUGUGCAGAUGCCCGGGCUUUCUGUGUGGGCUAGGUGAACAAUGUGCGUUUCAGAGCAGUCUGCUUAUCUCUCCCUUUGAUCGGCCUGGCCCCUGUUCCAGCGGCUUCAGUGAUGCUCACCUCUGUCACAGUGCAGAAGGUCCUCUGGGCAUCAGAGUUGUUGAGCCCAGGUCUUGUUGGUGACCAUCUAAGGAAAGAUAGAUGUGUAGUCUGGAGUUUUCUGCUUAUCAGUAUAAUUGUGUACUUGUCUGUGUCACGAUGAAGGUCAUAUAUGCAACAGAUAAACACUUAUGCCAGA